UCUUAAGAAAACAAAAGCUGUUGCUCAGGGUGCAAAAUUAAAAUUAAAACAUCAGUUUGAAUGUCUGUACCCACCUUUAGUGUCUAUUUUUAGAGAGGUGUAUUUACUGUAUAGUGUUUUUUUCAUUGAGAGCUCACUGACAGUCUUCAUCAUGACCAUCAUCAUCAUGUCUGUGCUCCUGCUGGUUUCUCUAGUGCCACACCUGACCUUCACUGCCCAUGUGGGUAUAGAGGACGGCACUGAAGCAAAACCUCACUCCAGACCUUACAUGGUUUCGCUUCAAUAUUAUAGCCAACAUAUCUGUGGUGGAUUCCUCAUUACUGAACAAUUUGUCUUGACUGCUGCACAUUGCUGGGCAAAAGGUUUGGUCCUCUCGGUUGUCGCUGGCGCCCAUUAUUUGAGUGAAAAUGAAAUUUACGACUCAUUUGAAGUGGAAUCCUACAUCCCGCAUCCAGACUAUAAUUCUAAUACAUUUGAGAAUGACAUCCUGCUUUUGAAGCUAAAGACAAAAGUUAGACUGAGCAACAUUGUUGGAAUGAUAUCAUUACCAAAGGAUGGAGAAGAUGUUAAAGCAGAUACUCUCUGUAGUGUUGCUGGUUGGGGAACACUGUGGAAAAAUGGCCCAAAGACUGAUCGUCUAAUGGAGGCAGAGACAGUUAUAGUGAAUGAUGCAGAGUGUGAACGCAGAUGGGGAUCUCUUUAUAAGGCCUCAAAGAUGAUCUGUGUUUAUGGUCAUGGUGGAUCCUGCUAUGGGGAUUCUGGAGGUCCUUUGGUUUGUGAUAACACUGCUUUUGGUAUCACUUCUUUUGUUGACCUUUAUCUCUGUAAUUCACGUUUGCGUCCUAAUGUGUAUACUAGGACUUCGGCACAUCUCCCCUGGAUCCACAACAUAACUGGAAAUUUUUAGUGGCUUCAUGUAAAAAGAUUUUUUAUUGAAUUUUUAUGUAAAAUUUUCAAUAAAAGUAUGAAAUG